AUAAAAGGUGUACUCGGGUGUACUCAAACUGUAGUAGUGUAACUCUCAAGUGUAACUGUACUGGUAUUCUAUGUUUAGAUUUAAUUCCGCAUGUGUUUUGUUCAUGUUUUGUGUUAUUUGGUAAUGUACGGUGCUCUAUGAUUCUUUAGUUCAAUGCAUCGUGUUUCCAGGAAUUAGAUGAUAAUUUUGUUCAUUUUUGAAGCUCACCCAGUUUUGUGCAUUCUUCAUUGUUUUUCUGUGCUGGCUAGCUGUUCUGCAGUUGCGAUUGAAUAUGGAAGAUCUACCACUUUUGUAUCUCGACCUCAAACUAAAAACCAAACGGAAAUUGAGGAAAUACCAACAUUUGCUUGCCAAAGAAACCGAUGCUGUUGUCACCAUUGAGUCGGAGAAUCUGAUGAUUUGCAACGCUGGACUUGUCAGCGGUAAUCAACGAGAAGAGCUAGUUCAGUUUUUUUCAUCAUUUGGCGCCAUUGAAGAGGUUUCCAUGUCACCAGGCAAAUCUUAUUCCUUCAUAAAAUUCAAACGUGCACAUGAUGCAAUCAAGGCCUUCAAAGAGGUGAAUGGACAAAAGGGUUUACCAAGCAUGAACUCCUGUUUGUACCUCCUUUUUGUUAAUAAGGUUCCACCCUUGUCAGUUUAUGAGGAUGUGCUGCCACCCGGUUUACUUUUACUAGAAAAUUUCAUCAACGAACAUGAAGAAGAGAUGCUUCUAAAUUGUGUCAUUUGGUCAUCUGUUGACUCAGAUCAAGAGAAAUGUUUGAAGCAUAGACAAGUGAAGCAUUUUGGCUACGAAUUUAGAUACAGUGACAACAAUGUCAAUAAAGAUGCGCCUCUGAUGGAAAGUAUCCCGCAAGAGUGUGGAUUUUUGUUUGAGCGUUUAAGCAAAAGUCGUCCUGAACUGUCCUUAUGGAUGCCUGACCAGCUGACAGUGAAUAAAUAUGAGCCAGGGCAAGGGAUCCCUCCACACAUAGAUACUCAUAGUGCGUUCAACGAUCCGAUCUUGUCUCUUUCGUUAAAUGCUUCUAUUGUCAUGGAAUGGAGGAAUUCUGAAAGGCAACACUUUAGUGUACUUUUACCCAGGAGAUCUCUAUUGAUCAUGUCCUCUGAGUCAAGGUAUGCAUGGACUCAUGGAAUCACUCCCCGUAAAACUGAUAUCCUCAAAAAUCAUGAAGGAAAUUUGACAGUGUGCGCCAGGGAAGUGAGGGUGUCUUUUACUUUUCGACAGUUGCGCCGUGAGGGGCCCUGUAUGUGCCAAUGGCCAAAGUUUUGUGAUUCUCAAACGCCUAAGACUGAAACCCAGGUUGACAGGCUGACUGAAGAUUGUGCAUCAAAGCUGGAAAAAAUUUAUGUCCAUCAGGUUUACAAUGAAAUUGCUUCGCACUUCAGUGAUACCAGACAUAAGCCUUGGCCGAAUGUCUUAAGUUUUGUAAUGUCUCUCAAACCAGGUGAUAUUCUUUUGGAUGUUGGUUGCGGCAAUGGAAAAUAUUUUGGACACAAUAAAUAUAUUGUUGAGAUUGGCUGUGAUCGUAGCUCUAAUUUGAUGGAAGUAUGCACAACGAGAGGUUUCCAAGUCUUCCAGUGUGACUGUUUGGUUCUACCUCUGUGCAGCUGCACAGUGAAUGCGUGUAUUAGUAUUGCUGUUAUUCAUCAUUUGUCAACACAAGAACGGAGAAAAGCAGCCAUCAAUGAGAUUAUUCGUGUCCUGAAGCCUGGCGGAAAGGCAUUGAUCUACGUUUGGGCAAAAAACCAAAACAAAGAAGAAAUGUCAUCAUAUCUGAAGCAAGACAGAAAGAAUCGAAGAAAGUCUGCAGAAACUAGUGUCAACCACACUAAGUUUAUCAGUUUAGAUGAGAGUAAUUACCCUAAAACGGCACCCGAUGAUCAAAUCAAAAGCUUCGGUGUUACAUUGCCCGUUCAUUCAAAUCGCACUAAUUUUCAGCACAACAACUUGCUUGUCCCAUGGAUAUUGAAACAUGGAGACUCUAAAAACGUUGAAAAAGCCCCUACUUUUCUCAGAUUUUAUCAUGUGUUUGAAGAGGAUGAACUAGUGCAGCUAUGCAUUAGCAUAGAAAAUUGUUCUGUAGAAAGGAGUUUUUAUGAUCAAGGAAAUUGGUGUGUCAUCUUAGUGAAGAGCUAGUAUUGAUGAGGACAGUGUAGUGGAUCUUUACCAUAAAACCUCAUCAGGGAAAGUUGCAAAAUGUUGCCUCUCUCAGUUCUAGCUUGGAAUGAGCUCUCAGGUGGGGGUGUAAAAAGUUUUAAAACGCUGACAGCUUCUUUAAAUCUAGCACUUCUACCUCGUAGCAUAAUUCUCAGAAGAAUAGAGUGAGUGAAAAAAAAGCUUCUAGAAGAAAAUACGUUUGAAGCUGUCACUAUUGUAACAGGAAGACCACCUUUCAUCAGAAAAAAAUCCAUUAAUAUUUUCAAAAAGUGAGACAAGGUCAUGAAAUUAAGUACCAUUCUAAAUGAUGCUCUCAGGUGAAACAAGUGCCACCAUCACAAUGAGUGUCCACUUAGUCUUUCUAUCAAAAAAUCAUUAAAUAAACGCAUUAUUGAAAACACAAAA